GCGCUCUCGUUCACCGAAGUGCCGAAGCAGAGCGUGCAGAGCACGAGGCAAUCGCGCGCAGCCACGGCAGCACCGCAGCAAACGACACGGCCAGCAGGACGCACAGGACACGGCCCGCAGAAAGCAGCCCGAUACGCUCCCACGGUUCGCAUCGUACGGUUCAGUACGGUACAGGCCGAAAGCGAACGAGGACGGUUUAGGACGUCGUGACCCCCGCCAAUCCCUUGUGGUACAACGCUGGUGAGGUGAAAGCUUGUGGUGUGCUACGCGUGCAGUCAGUGCUUCUAAUACUGCCCCGGACUGUCUCGGUGGUGCGUAAGCGUUUUCCCCCUGUUCCCGGGGACGUGGGUGCGUACGCAAUGGCUGCAAAUCGUUGGUGCGUUGUGCGGUGUUUCUAUCGAUUGAUGUGCAUUUUUGAUUACAGUGUGAGUGAAAGCUGUGCGCUGUGGGUGUAAGACGCAGUGCGUAGAAGGGACGGUGCAAAGAAGGGUGCAAAGCGGAGGGAAGUGAAGCAGCGAAGAAGGGAAAAUACUUACACGAACGGGCUUGAAUUAUCUUAGUGCGACCACGUGGCUUCGCAUCAGCACGUCGCCAUUACAAUUUCUAAUCGGCCGCUCGGUUGUGCCCGUACAUUGUUGCCGUCGGUGAGUACCACCACCACUUGGGGUGAUAGGCGCUGUUCCUCUCUGCCCGACGAUUGAGCUGGUUCGGGCUGGUUUGUGUCGGGGAAAUGAUUGCACUGAUGGUGCCACUGAUGGCGCAGACGAUGGUACCGACGAGGCCGCUGCUGACGAUGCAGUUUUGUGCAUAAUUUAAGUGAGUACUCCAGAAACACCACCCGCCAUCCCCACACACCCCACUGGGUGUGUCGGCGUCUGUGAGUGUGCGUGUGUGUUUGUCUCUGUGUAGCUGUGUACGUGUGUAAGUGUACCGUGCCCUUGUGCAGUGCUUACGGGCAGUCCUUGUGAUUGUUAACAUCGUUGCUUGCGUCUUCAAAUUACACUCUCGUCGAGUGCCGAGGUUUUGUGUGCCGAGGACCAGUAGUGGCAGCAUGGCGGACAGGGGCACGGCCACGCAAUCGUGAUCGGUCGGUGAGCAGCAGAAUUUAUGGCCGAUUCGUGCCUCGGCUCGCUGCUGAUGGAUUAGCUUCAUUGUGUGCGUGUGUGUCGUCCCGGUCCCGGUUCACAGUGUCGUCCUUUUUAUUCACUCUUUCUGCACGGACGCAGCACGAGUUUGUUGCGAAAGCUGGCUGCACCACGCAAACCCACCCGUCAUCCCGUCCCCGUCAACAGCGUGAGUGGGUGAUGAUGAGCUACUUUAAAGUGUGCUAAAGAUAAAAUUAAAGCAACAACAGCACCAGAGCAACAAUAAAACACAGAGGAGAAGGAGAAAAUAAAAACACAAGGGGCGUAGUUCGAGUGGGGUUUGACGGCACAUCCAGCGCAACAGCGGGUCAAGUGUUGGGUGUUGAGUUUCGAUACAUCAAACUUUUGAAACCCAGUGCCAACGAUAGCGUCGCGCGUGUUUCCAUCACACAUACACACAAACACACUGUCCGUCCAGAUGUAAUUUCACACUCCUCGACCCACGAUCACUUGUUACCCUCCCCCCCACCCACGCCUGCCUGCCUUCUACACCGUUGAGUGUAAACGAGCUUCUUCAGAAAAAAAACAACAACAGCUACAGCAACAAACCAACACAAACACACCAAACCACUCAUAAAGCAGUGGGAAACGAGCCAAAGGACUACUUAAUCACUCAACCGAAUCCGGCCUGAGCACGACAAAUUACAACCGGACAUGUUAAUUAACGCCAGCAAAUCGGCAGAAUCAAUUACACGCUGAGCUUGCGAGACCGUUCGGUGUACGGUGUAGAAAGUUGCUGCUGCACAAGCGAGGAACAAACAGAAGGAAAGAAAACAACACGCCAAAGACAUAAACUUUUCCGGCGCAACGACCCUGCAUCACCGGCACGAUGGUAUCGGCGACAUAUCAACACCUGACGCUGGCACUGUUGGUGCUGUGCAUCGUUACCAGCCCGAUUGAGAGCCGGUACCGGGAGAAGGAUGCUAAGAAGGGCAAAGCACAGCCCAUCCUACCGCAGAUGAUCGUACCGUCGCCGCUGAUGAACCUCUGCUCGGGCGAUCGGGAGAUGAAGCUCGUCUGCCACUGCUCACCCGACGAUCCGCACGUGAAGGCGCAGAAGGCAAACUGUUGGAUCUUCAGCAAGGAUCUGCCCCGCAAGGACGCCAACUGGCUGGCCUUCCAGACGCAGUCGACGCUGGAGCAGCUCAAGAUCACGGUACAGAAGAUAGGCAACCUGGCGUACAUACCGUCGGACGUGCUGCACACGCUCAAGUACCUGAAGCAGCUCACGAUCGAGUACGGCGUGAUACCGGACCUGCUGAACUACGCGUUCGGCAAUCUGACCGAGCUGCGCAAUGUCACACUGCACAAGAAUCAGAUCCGCAUCGUGCAUCCGUUCGCGUUCGCUAACCACCCGUUCCUGGAGGAGAUCAAUCUGGAGCGCAACGAGAUUCUCGAGCUGGACAAGGAGGCGCUCGUACAUCUGCCGGCGCUCCGCAAGCUCAACCUUGACUUUAACAACCUCUCGAUGCUGCACGACGACGUGUUCGCCUAUCUGACCAGCCUGGACGAGCUGAAGCUCGAAUCGAACCAGAUCUCGGUGCUGACGCGCGAAAUCUUCAAGGGUCUCGGCAACCUGCGACUGCUGAAGCUGACCGCCAACAGUCUAACCUUCAUCGGGGACACCAUCUUCGCGGAGCUGUGGAGCCUGCAGGAGCUGGAUCUGGAUCACAACCAGAUCGAGAAACUAUCCGCCCGUGCAUUCGACGGCUUGAACAAUCUGCGGAAGCUCAACCUGGAGAACAACCGGCUGAAGCGGCUCGAGCGUGGCAUCUUUACCGGCGUACCGGCCGUCCUUAAUCUCAACCUCAACGCCAAUCAGCUGGAAACGAUUACGUACAACAACUUCCUGCCGCUGAUGGACAACCUAGUCAACAGUACGGCCAUUCUUCAUCUCAAAGAUAAUCGGUUGCUGUGCGACUGCCGGCUGCUGUGGCUGUUCGAUCUGCGCAACAACACCAAAAACGAGGACCUUCGGCAGGCGCUCCAGCAGGUGGAAUGUCUGUACGACAUCAAGGGCAUCUACGGCCCGCCGGCGCUGGCACACGGUCAGCCGAAAGAGUACGGCCGCAGCCAGCCGCACGAUACCGUCGUGUUCGACGAGGAGUACUACGACGACACCGGCCACCGAAAGCCGGGCGUAGUGCUGCAGCAGAAAAAGUACGGCCCGAGCCGUGCCGGUCCGGACAGUGGCGGCCCGGACAAGGGCCAGCUGCAGCCCGUCACGCUGAUGAAGCUGCGGAAGGACACGAUUCUGCCCUGCCCGAAAGAGCUGGACGAACCGACGGAGCUGCCGCUGUCGCGCGAAUCCAUCGGACUGGACCUGGGCUGGCGUUCGUCGGUGACGGCCAUGAGCGAUAGUGCAAGCUGCCUCCGGUCGAUGUGGCUGCUGCUCGGUAUGUGUUCCCUGCUCGCGCUUACCCGGCGAAGAUGUUAGUUUUUGGACGCUGCCGACACUUAUCACGAUUAACGGCGACAGGAUUACUUAUGGCGGCAGGUUUAGGAAAGGGGAGUAAGGAUGGGGAACCCGAUGUGUUUGUGUGUAUACCCUCUCGUAGACUGUUUUGUUUUAUCUACCAGAAGAUCUCAACCUUCACUGCUCUCGCAUUGAUGCUGUACUAUUUCGUUUGUGAAAGGCAGAGGGGAGAAAGAAAGAAAAACAAAACGAAAGUGGGAAACGCGAUCUGCCCCGCACAGUGUAAAUAAUGGCGUUAGAUCAGAGUGGCAAAUCGCUGAUUUGCCCGUAGCUAAAUAAUGGUAAUUUAGAUCGAAAACGAAUUUAUACGAAUGCCAACGAUGCUCUGCUGCUCGUACAGUGUCUCAUAGGGCAGCCGAUAGGAGGACAGCCCAGGGAGCACACUCUAGAGCAUUGCAACUGUAACUCUUACAACCAACUACUGCUCGAUGGCAUACGGCAGACGGAUAAAUGAAGUGCAUCACACCUAGGACGGUGUGGUCCAUAGCGGCCUUGUACAUACAACCUUUUCCUUCUACCCCUUUUCAUCUGUUCAGACACUCUACCGUAACGUUUUUGGUACCUAAAUGUGUGUCUCUGGCCCUCGCCCAGGUACGCAGAGAUGGAUCACUUAGUAACAUACUGCACACAAACACUUUCAAUUCCACGCAGGUAUUGGACUGGUUACGGAAUGUACGUGUACAUAGCAGCACUGAAAGAAUAAUAUUACGUCUUACAACGCGUUCCGAGCGACCAGCACAGCAGCUUUUUCCUUUUCCUUUUCCGAUUUGGUUGGCGUUUUAUAUUACUUGCUAGGAGCUAGUUACUUCAACAUUCUUUUCAUAAAAUAUCUUUAUCCCCCUGCAAAUGGUCGUAAAAGCUUCUGUCAAAACUGCGAUUAAAUGCCUUUUGCUUUAAUAAUUGCAUACUUUUAGGCGUUUUGAUUCAAACUGUAGAGCCCUUUCACUGCUACAUUUGGUGUUAGCAUUUUAGCAGCAUUAAAGCAAAGGCAUUAUUUAUUCUUCUCCAUCACUUUACCAUCAUUCGGGCUUUUUUAAUUCGGGCUUUUUUUAUAGUACAAUUGUUGUUCAUUUUGAUUUAAAUUAAGUCAACAUUGCCACUAAAACAGCAAACUACCUACCCUACCUGUGCUUGUCAAAUUUACACCAUUAAUUACACGAUCCUCAAUAUUCAGCCCUGUUUUUGAGUGUCCUUUUGCAAAUGAGUUAAUAAAACACCGUUUUUGUAAAGCUGCUUCUGAACAACCCCGGAGCAGCAAGUGGUAGAAGCCUGAUUGUGCGUUCCCUGAAACUCAUUCGAAGCUCACAAAAUGAGCCUGUUUGACACCUCAUCAGGCAACGGUCGUCAGUUUCACGAGCGCACGUUAACGAGCCCAUUACCCCAGUAAGUAACACCCCGCCGACCGUUCCAAUCUGGCUGGCUGGCAAUGCCAUAAAUGGACGUUUGCACCGUGUGCAGUUAGCGCGACGGAAGACGGAGCUGAAUUUUUAAAGCAGCCUAAAACUCAUACCAUCAGCGUCAUAAUUUACAUACCCUGACGUCGCCGGAGGUUGAAACAUUAGACCAUUUGUCGCGAGUACCGUCGCUCGGUGGCUGUCAAAAAACAGUACAGCCAAGUGUGCAGGUUCGCUUACACUUCCCAAAGUCAGAAAACCGCCUCGCAACACUUGCUUGAAGGUGUGCGAAAAUGGAUGCUUACUGCCUGCUGGUGCGCAUCGCAUAAAAUGUGUCUGGAAAUGGAAAAUUCUUCAAAGGAAGCUAAAACCAGACUCACAUGAUGCAUCUAAACAGCCGCGCAAGACUAACAAACAAACCCGCCCAAUGUCAGAACUGAGCUGUCUGAGUGUAUGUAUGUAUUUGUGUUUGUUUGCAAACAACAGAAAAGAAUUGAAAAACAACUACACGCUCGACUACAACGCACGCUCCCACACGAAAAUGAACCGAAGGACGGAGGAUAAAAAAUGAAAUGUUAAUAAAAUAACGAAGUACGUAAGCAUACAUUUACUGCCACCGUAAAAAGUGUAAAACGGGCGUACAUAAACCAUGGCACCGCUGGAACGGGUGUUUGCGAUGGACCGGGUGGUGGCCCCGGCUAUCGAUGCCCAACGUACGCCGGCGAGGGGCCAAAAAGGGCUGUCGAAAGUUUAUUUUUAUUUCGUUUAUUUUACAGUUUAUUUUUUCUUUAUUAUACUAGCCGAACAAGCAACCGAACACAUGCAACGCAUUCUGUCGCCACAUACCCGGGUUCGCGUUACGGGCGCGCAAUGGGAUGUUUUUCCCCCGAACACGUUUUCUCGAAAGUCUGCUCCGACUCGUUCUGCUUCGUGACGCCUUUAAGGGAGAGAAGAGCAAGACAGAGCAAGAAAAACAACUUUGGUACAAUUACGUUACUUCUAUGUCUUUUUUCCUUGUUUUUCUCGCCCAAGCUGCCCUUUCUUUAGGCGCACCGUGGCGCAAACUUCCCACAAGUCUGGGGACGCAGACAGGCAGAAGGGUGUCACGGAGCAGCCAAAUUAAUAUUUAAUGUACGCGCAGCCGAUGCUCUACAUCCGCGGAAGGUGAAGCUGUGAAAAUAAAACCGACACGAAGUUGCGGAAUGUUAAAAACCAACCAAAAUUGAACAAGCUCUUGGGGCGGCUAGAACGAUCCACCAGACACGCACACAACAUACACACACACAUACACGUACAGAUGGCCGAUCCAUCGGGUGGCGGCAGCAUAAACCCCGCGGGAAAUGGGAAGUUGAUUUUCUUUCGGCCCGGCUUCCUGGAGCGGAAUCGGCAGCGCAGCCACCAGGCCGGGAAAUGAGCACUAAAAACCCCGAAUUGAACAUCAUGUCUAAGGCGUUUCGGUGGUGGGGUCGCACAAAACGUUCGACACUUAGGGGUGGGUGGUAGGCUCGUAGUGGGUGAUUGGGAUUCUCCUGCAGGCACAAAACAGCAGCAAAAAAAAACAGAACCCACGAUGCCAACAACAACGAUGCGACUAACACACUUUUCUUGUUGGGUGUGAAACCAUCUUCGAGAAGCGCACCGGAGAACAUCAUUGCAACAUAAAACUAGCGGUACUAGCGCACCCAAUUAGUAGUCGAAUGUAAUCUGCGUAAUUGAGUGUAAUCAUGUUACGAAGCUUGCAAUGGGGUAGGAAGCCGGAAGAGCUGAGGCAAAGUCGAUGCAAUCUACAGCUCGGGCAAACGCUUUUUUUUUUUGUUGCUUCCCCUUUAUGCUGUUCGUUUCCUAUGUUUAAUGCUUUCGGAUUUAGGGGAAAAAGGUGUAAGAGAAAGAGAGGGGAUGGAGAGAGUAGGUUAGUGCAAAGUUUUCGUUCCCUAACCGACUUACCGAGUGCCAGGGGAGGGAUUAGAGCAGGAUAUUUGGAAAGUUCCCGUAACGAAGAUUUACGAGCCGGGCCACUGCCGGGACAUGCGGGCGCACGGGUAAAAUUAUGCACCCAAAAGCCUACAAUAGCGCCAGCCUGGGGAAACGUACGGCCGGGUAGAUGAAUGUGGUUGUGCAGGGGCAUGAGACUACGCGAAGCAUGUGGUAGCGCGCGGAUAACGUGAUUAGAAACGCCGCGUUGGUAACAGAUACAAAGAAGAGAGCCACGGAAAACUUACUGUACAACAGCAAGGAUGUAAACUUAAGAGAAAAAACACAUACAACAUACUUUUUUUUGUUGCAAAACAAAAUCAUUGCAGAAAGGGGGAAGCUGUCAAAACUUCUGCUACAGCAAGUCGUAUACAAACCAUUGAAGUACUUUACAUAGUUAAGAUGAACGAGACAAACGGUGACAUCAAUGAUUCGAAUAGUAAAUAGCAUAGUCAAUGCAAAUGAAACACACCUUACACACCUUACACAACUAAACACGUACAAGCCAGAUUUUUCAUCUGUAAAUACUGUAUAAAUGUGACUCUAGAUGUGCGACCCUAGCUACUCACUCACUACUCACUCCAGAGACACCCAGGCAGAAAGCAAAAACAGCCAAAACUGAGGGAAAUUUAAAGGCAAUAAGUCACAAAUGGAAACGGUAAAACAGCAGAGCAAGGUGACUCCAAGCGAAUGGCCGCCACGUUCUAGCACACUGAAACAAUGUAUCUGCUCGGCAGGGGCAGAACAACGUGCGGAAAAUAAAACACAAAACAAACAGAGAAUAAUAUAUGAACACUAAUACAAACAGAAGCAAACCUAUGAAAAGCGCUCCUCACACUCACCCAACAAAUCGUGAACGUAUUGUGUUUGAUGCGUAGCAAGGAUGAAGAAAUAGUUUGAUAGGCGUUUGUUUUUAUGUCACUUGUGUUUGCCUUAAACGUCCAUUUACGAAUCGAUUUUUAUUCUAAUCCGCAAAACCAGCGCAAACACACAUACUACGGUGCGUACACGAUGGCACCCGUGGUAGGCCGGGGCAGAUGUGAACAGGGUUCUGUGUGACAGAGUUGAGCAGAGGAACGAUAAUGAAAUGAACCCAGCAGCAGCCAAGCAAAGCGGACAGGAUGAAGUGAAAAAUGCAUCCUUGUAACAUUUUUUAUGCUUCAGUGAUGUCCCUAACUCGACUAGGAUUAAUAAACGUAUGGAAAGUAAAAAUAAAGAAAAACAACAACAAAUCAUAAUUGAUCUUGAAAACAGUAA